AUGCUCGUCGGCGGCGGGAAAGCGCUGUUCCCGGCGACCGCGCACUGCCUCGAGAAGAAGCGCGCCGGAAUCGGCGGCGGGAACGGGAACGGGGGAGACGGCGAGAAGACCGCGACCGGAACCGUCGCCUCCCUCCCUCCCGCGGCGCGACAAACGGAGCGCCAAUUCGACGCGAAUGAACAGCCCGAUUGGCGCGGCGCGCUCGUCGAGAAUACGCUCACGACGCUCCGCGCGAUCCACCUCUCGUUCCUCUUCUUCCCCGUGAUUUUCACCGCGCCGUUUUUGCUGUCGAAGCUCGCGGGCGAGUGGGGCGACGCCGCGUGGUACCGCCUGCUGCGCGUCACGCUCGAACGCGCGGGCGCGGCGUUUAUAAAGUGGGGGCAGUGGGCGUCCACGCGGUACGACGUGUUCCCGGCGCAACUGUGCCGCGAGCUCGAGGAGCUGCAGGCGAACGCGCCGGAGCACAGCUACGCGAAGACGCGGCAGAUUUUGGAGCGCGCGUACGGCGGCGCGGAGGUGGUGGAUCAGAUCUUCAUGUGGGUGGACCCGACGCCGAUCGCGAGCGGGUCCAUCGCGCAGAUUCACCGAGCCAAGCUCCGCGCGGGCGCGCGCGCGCGCGAGGACGCCGAGGGACGCUUCGUCGCCGUGAAAGUCCGCCACCCCGGGGUCGUGGAGGUGCUCAAGCGCGACUUCGCGAUCCUCAUGUGGCUCGCGAACGCGACGAAUAAGAUUGAGUUCCUCGCGCCGUUCCAGCUCGAGCACACGGUGCAGCAGUUUGGCGUGCACAUGCUCCAGCAGGCGCGUUCUAUACACCGGUCCCCAUACGACCGCGUGGAUCUCACGACGGAGGCGUCCAACUUGCGGCGGUUUAAGGACUGCUUCUCGCUGUGGCCCACCGUGAGCUUCCCGACGCCGGUGUGCGGGCUCGCGAAGGAAGAGGUUCUCAUCGAGACGUUCGAGGACGGGAACGCGGCGGCCGCGGCGAUGGCGACGUUCGUCCCCGAGGAGAACUCCGUCCUCGCCGCGCUCGGCGUGAAGACGCUGUUGAAGAUGCUCAUCGACGACAACUUUCUUCACGCGGAUUUGCAUCCGGGGAACAUCCUCGCGGCGACCAAGGGGGCCGGGCGGCUUCCAAAGGGCGGACGACCGGAGAUCAUCAUCCUCGACACCGGGCUCGCGACCGAGCUCACGCCGCACCACCAAGCCUCGCUCGCGGAAUUUUUCCAGUCCAUCAUCGACUGGGACGGCGUCGGCGUCGCGAAUAACAUCAUAUCGUUCAGCAGCAACCUCUCCCCGACGUUGGACACGGAGGGGUUCAGGCAAGACAUCAGCGCGGCGGUGUCGCAAUUUUCGGAGAGCUCCCCUCGCGCGGGCGACUGCAUGAACGCCAUCUUCGAGACGGUUCAAAAGUACCACGUCACGAUCGACCCGAACGUCAUGGUCGCGGUCGUCACCGUCAUGGUCCUAGAGGGGUGGCAGUUCCGGUUGGAUCCGUCGAUCAACAUCAUGGAUCACAUCGCGGAGGUGAUGCGCUCGAGCUUUCGCAAGCAUCAACGGCUGACGAUGGUGGACCACGCGCUGCGGGAUAUGUGGGCGCCGUUCAGCGAGCCGUGCGGGCUGUCGCUGGACCGGAGCGGGCGGUCGCCGCUGUCGGCGCAGAUGGAGCACGGCCACGGCGGCGGGUGGGCGGUGUGA